GAAAUAAUCGAAGCUUUUGCACGCAGAGAAGUAGUCGAGGAUCUCGUUGAAGCAAAUUCGGAAGCCUUACUUUGGUGACAGAAUGGCGCGAUGUGUGAGCUUGCUGGCGUUGUCGUUGUUGCUGACGGCUCUCUCGGCGGUGUCGGUUUCCGCAAAUCCUAAACCUAGCGAUUGGAAGGUUUGCGAUUCCCACGCCAACUAUGACGUGGUGGUUACAAAUGUCACACUGAACCCUGAUCCCGUUAUUAGAGGCCAGGAUGUUACUUUUAUUGUGCCUGCUACCGCGAAGAGGGAUAUCACUAAGGCAACUGUGGUUGUAAGUGUGUUGUUUCAUGGCGUUACUGUUCAUACGGAGAGAAGCAGCAUCUGUAGCAAAGCAGAUUGCCCGAUUCCACCUGGGGAAUUUGUUUUAAUUAACACUCAAAUCCUCCCAGGCAUUACUCCACCGGGAAACUACAAAAUAAAACUUCAGAUCUUGGGAGAGCAAGGUGAACAGUUGGCAUGUGCUUUCAUCGACUUUAGCAUUGUCUGGAAUCAUAGCGUUACUGAGAACUUCAACCCGAUUGAGCUGCACAAAAAUCCAAGCAAGGGGCAGACACCUGUGGCACACAAGUAAGACAGAUGUAUGGGAUGUAGGCUAAGUAUCACAAACUCAUCUGAGUUUAGAUGGUGUAUGAUAUAUUGGUAAUGCGAUUCUAGUAAACGUGUUGGGCAGAAAUGAAAGACUUGCCCAUGUGCAGAUUAGUGAACAGUCAAAUAAGCUUAUGUGAUACAGUAUGCGUUUGCAUACAAUGUUACUUGUGAAAUGAAUGCAGUUUAUUUUGAUUUUUUCUCAGUUUAAA